AUGUGGAAAUAUUUGAAAAUAUUUAUCGGAUUUUAUCUGAUAGUAAUAACUAAAUGUUCGUUAUUGGAAUUGUCACAAUCCAUGUGGAAUAAAUUUUUAGCUGGUGGUUUAUCGAAAGUUGGCCAAUUGGAUCCACUGAGAGUUCCAAUGGUAAAAGUUGAUCAAUCCGAAGGUAACACGAGUUACAGAAUGGUGUUAAGGAAUAUCGAAAUUUCAGGAUUAAAUGAUUCGACCAUAGAAAGUAUUCACGUGGCUCGUGGAAAAUUAAGAUCGAAUUUGAGCGAUUUGGAAGCUGGUUUUGUAACUUACAGCGAUCUCGGGGAUCUCGAAUCAAUCAGAUACAAAUUUCACACGGUUGUUAAUAACAUGAGAAAAGAAACAAGAGACGUGGAGGUUGCUGCGAGUGCAUUUAAUUCGUCUAAAUUUGAAAAAAACACCGAAUAUCUGCCACGAUAUUCGGAUUCAAUAAAAACCGCUGAAAGUAAUUCUGAUAAUUACGAACAACAACAACAACAACAAUCAUCUCGUUUACAAGAACGCCGUUAUCGAGAAUCUCAAGAAAAGUUAGCCGAAGUUACAACAGAUUCAGCUUAUUUGAGAAAUCUUAAAAUCGAAGAAAGAUUGGAGAGUCAUCGUUCAACUGACGAUAAAUCGAAAUAUCCUUCAAGCGUUCACGUGAUUUACGCCCAAAGUUCAAAGAACAUGAAAAUAAAUCAAGAAACUUAUCAAAAAGAUAAAAACGAGCCGGAUUGUUAUGAUUAUUCUGAUCCAAGGCAAAGUUCAAGAUCGAACGGAGAUCAAGGAAAUUUUCAAACAUCCAAAUUAAAUCCUAGUCAUAGUGUAGAUUUUCAUGCAUCAGCUUCGGAUAACAAGGAAAUUAAAUUGCAACAACCAACUGAAAGAACAAGCGCAUUCUUGUAUGCCAAUCAACGUAGGGAUUAUCAAAGAAAUGGAAAUGUUGGGGAAAAUGUUCAACAGUCAACUGAAAGAUCAGAUUCAUCGUAUUCGACUGAUCAACAACGUAGGAAUUAUCAUCAAAGAAAUAAUAAUGAUGGAAGAUUAGAACAAUCAACUGAACGAUCAGGUUUAUCUUAUAAUGUUGAGCAACGAAGGGAUUAUCAAAGUAAUAGAAAUGAAGGAAGAUUAGAACAAUCAACUGAAAGAUCAGGUUCAUUGUAUUAUGCUGAUCAACGUAAAGAUUCUCAAGAAAGUGAAGGAAAUGUUGAAGGAAAAAUAAAAAGAAUGUCUCAGAGAUCGGAAUCAAUUAAAACGGCUGAUCAAAGAUUAGAAAAUAAACCAGGUUACAUUGAUAUUGUUUAUGCAGAUGAGAAAAAUUCAAGUGGUGUUAAACGUUUUGGUAAUAUGAGAUUACAGGCUAAUCGAGAAACAAAAGUUUAUGGAUUUGAGGAUGUUAUGAAGGAUAUUCGAGAUAAUAGAAGAAUACUAGUUCAUAAUUUUACUGAAGGUGAAUCAUUAACAAAAAAGAACGAUCGUGUAAGGGCAGCAUUAGAAGCUAAAAGAUUAAAGGAUCUAGCAAGAUACGCAGCAAAUUAUGAAGAAAGAGAAGGAUACUUCGAAGAGGGUAUGGAAUUAAUAUAUCAUUAUGGUGGAAUGGGAAAUGAAUCAAAGGAAAUUAAACGAGUUAAACGUGCUCAUCCGGAGAAUGAUUCAGAGGACGACGUGAUGCACGUGAUCAUGCGAAUACAUGUGCCACUUCUUCGCAUAAAGUCUGAAUACAUGCUCACGGGAAAAGUAGGAGAAGAAGUUUUAAGAGGGAACGGAUUACUCGCUGGCAAUUUCACCGAGCUUCAUGGUGAUUUUACGGUAGAAUUGAAGAAAGGUACAAACGAUUCGAUGAUAGUACGUGCAACCCGAGCCAAAUUAUCAGCAAAAGACAAAAAAAUUGAUCUUCAAGGAAUGGACGAGGAAGGACCAGUAAAAUCAAUCUUAACACAAGGAUUAAUGGCUGCCGAAGCAGUUGCAGCAAUGCUUGCAGAUGACUUGACAACGAAGGCACUAAGCGAAAAAACAGCCGAUGCAAUGGUAUACCGAAUGUAUAAUGAUCUUCCAAUGAUUAAUUAAUUAUGACUACGA